AUGAAGCUAUUAUUCGUUGCCGGUAUAUCGUUGGUAGUGUUCUUCGUGCGAAUCCAGUCAUCGUCAAGCGGUCUUAUCGAAUCGGAAAUGGGAUUUUCAGCCAACAAGACUGAUGUCUUCGGCAUUGAACAGCAUGGAGCUGCUAUUGUUGGGACUGAGGCCGAGGAAAAACGACGUUCUCUGGCUAUCUUUUUCAUUUUGUUCGUUCUCGUUCUUGCCAUUCUAGUCGUACAUAUGUUGAUUAUUUCGAAAAUUCACUUUAUCCCUGAGAGUCUUGCUAUUGUAAUUCUCGGCGCAGUUGUUGGCUCAAUACUCUCUUAUUCAAAGAACGACUGGAGUGAAAUCGAAGCUUUAAGUCCUGGUCUGUUCUUUCUUCUCCCAUACAUGUUUUUCCUAGUCCUGUUGCCUCCGAUAAUCUUCGAAAAUGCAUACAAUUUAAAUAAAGGAUACUUCUUCUCUAAUAUUGGACCAAUCCUCUCUUUUGCCAUAUUGGGUACUGCAAUAUCCGCACUUGUUAUCGGGUUUUCACUAUAUAUACUUGGCCAAGCCGACCUGGUUUACGAGUUCUCAGUCUUUGAAUGCUUUGCGUUCGCAUCCACAAUAUCCGCUGUUGAUCCUGUAGCUACUUUAGCAAUUUUUCAAGCUGUGAAGGUGGAAGGUCUGCUGUAUAUGCUGGUAUUUGGAGAGUCAAUGUUGAACGAUGCAGUUUCAAUCGUGUUCGCUGCAACAGCUAUUCGCCAUUCACGUCCACCGUUGAAUAGCCUUGAUCCUACUGAAAUUCUUCUUAGCGUGUCACUGACUUUCCUGGCUAUGUUCACGCUUUCAGCAUUUCUUGGAUUAGUGAUUGGGUUACUUAGUGCUCUUAUGUUUAAGCAUGUUGAUCUGCGAAAGACACCAUCUCUUGAGUUCGCACUUCUUCUGGUGUUCGCUUAUAUCCCAUAUGGGUUUGCCGAAGCAGUCUCAUUAUCGGGUAUCAUGGCUAUUUUAUUUUGUGGAAUCACAAUGUCACAGUAUACACAGCAGAAUAUCAGCCCAGUUACUCAAAUCACUUUCCGACAAACAUUUCGGACCAUUUCGUUUGUGGCUGAGACGUCGACAUUUGCUUACAUAGGAAUGGCGUUUUUCACCAUCAAACUCAAUUUCCAACCAUCUCUUAUCUUUUGGUGUAUAGUGUUAUGUCUGGUCAGCCGAGCCCUGAAUAUUUUUCCGAUUUCAUAUGCUGUAAACAAGUGUCGCCGUGAAGUCCAGAUUUCUAUGAAAAAUCAGAUCGUGCUUUGGUUCAGUGGAAUGCGUGGUGCUGUUUGUUUUGCUCUUGUAUUAUACAUGGAAGUUGAGAAGGAGAAGAAGUCCGUUAUUUUGACAACGACGCUGUUUCUCAUUCUUUUCACAACUCUGUUUCUUGGUGGUACCGUAAUGCCAUUCAUUUCAUUCAUAAACAAAUGCUAUCCUGAUGAAAGACCUCGUAGAAGAAGAAGAAGGACAAAGAAAGGAAGAGAUGGUGUGAUGAUGAGCAAAACGAAAGAAAUGACUACAUUUGGAAGUGAUGAAUGGACUCCGAGGCGAAGUGAUACAUCAGAUAGAUCAUCAACAGCUGCUGGAAGAGUAAUGCAAAGAUUGUUCGUGCGCCGAUUUACCUCUACGGAAAGGCAGGAGAAUAGAGAAAAACUCACGGCGUUGACGCGUAAAGUUUUGGACAACGACGGUGGGACCGAGAGUGAAGUGGACGAAUGCGCUCCAGGCACUCCGCUGCUUGAUUCCGUUGCCUCCGAAACUUAA